UAGAAACAAUACAAGACAAGAAGACGCACGAAACUUUCCCUACAGGGCAGAUAACCCUGGUUUUCGUUUUCCUCUCCAACACCCCAAAGACAAGUAUAUAACAACAACAACAUCCCACCACAUCGCAGAGAGAAGAAGAAUAGAAGAAAAAUCGGAAAAUUCCCCUUUCAAACCCUAAUUUUGUUCAGAUUGAAUUGGAAUCAAUCAUCAAUUUGGGGAAGAACAGAGGCAAAAAAGGAAGGAGAAGAAGAAGAAGAAAGACGAGGCACUCGUGAACGAUGUCUGCUGCGGUGUGCGGAAGCAAGAGAUCUUUCUUCGAAGACCUUCCUCCUUCACCACCUACCACUGUUUCCAAGAGGCUCCGUUGUUCUUCCUCCUCUUCCCCUAUUCGUAUUUCCCUUCCCUCCACCACCCUCCUCGAUCACCUUCGCUCCAUUUUCCCUCACAUGGAUGAUCAGGUCCUUGAGAGGGCACUUCAAGAAUGCGGCAAUGAUCUUGAUGCUGCUAUCAAAAGCCUGCACGGUCUGUGUUUGGGAUCUGCUGAUGAUAAUUCUGGAACUGCUCCGCAAUCCGAGGCUAAUGUCGAGACAGGUGGAGGUGCAUUGGAAGAUAAUGGGGAUGCUGCUGCUGCUUCUGCAUCUGCUUCGGCUUCUGGGAAUCAGGCGGCUUCCAACAAUCUGCCUGCUGAUGGAGCGGAAUGGAUUGACUUGUUCGUCAGGGAAAUGUCGUUUGCUGCUAGUGUGGAUGAUGCCAGGGCACGUGCUGCUAGGCUGCUUGAGGUUCUGGAGAAAUCGAUCACUGCGCAUGCAGGCUCCGAGGCAACGACUGCUCUUCAAAGUGAAAAUUUGAUGCUGAAGGAUCAAAUUGAAGUGUUGACUAAGGAGAAAAAUUGUUUCAAAAGUGCAUUUAGAAUCCAGCUUGAACGCCUUUCUGAUUAUGAGGCAAAGAACCAAGAGUUGCAGCAGUUGAAGCAGUUGGUGUCUCAAUAUCAGGAGCAGAUCAGAACUCUUGAGGUGAGUAACUAUACUUUGAGAAUGCAUUUGAACCAGGCACAACAGUACAACCCUUUUCCUGGGCGUUUCCCUCCCGAUGCCUUCUAAAUUCUAAUGCAAUCAAUUUGUAGAGUGUUAUCAUAAUCGAGGCAGUAAAAUAGCUGUAUCCGGUUGAUUGAUUAUAUCUGGUGUUUUUUUUUAUCCAUAAAAAAGUAUGUAUUGUUUAUUGUUACAGUUUGUGUAGCUCCUGUAGGCCAAGGAAUAGUAGCUGGUCCUAGUUCAGGGGUAUCUUAUCCAUGUGGAAUAGAAUGACAUUAUAAGUAAGAUUAUUCGUGAGUUAAUAAUUCGGUUAUUUAUUCCCCUCUGGAUUGGGGGUUUUUUAGCAUCAA